AUGAAGGUCCGCUCUUACUGUUGCCAAGAAAUAUACCGAUUUCUUUGAUUGCGUAAAAUAAAUGUUAAAUUCCAACGUUUAAUGUGACCACAUACCGCUGAUUCGGAAUGUACAGCGGACUUCUGCCUAAAGGUCUGACCGAAAACGACCUCAGUUCAGGUGACGAGGAAGAUGAGCAGGAGUUUGGUGUUGAAGAGAAGAAGAAGUCAGAGGAGGAGAUGUGUGAGAGCUCUGCACGGACAAACAACACAUCACUGCUGGAUCCACUAUCGACCCACGCUGCCAGUGAUGCACACAGUGAUUCACCGACAUGCAGCAUGCCCGGUAUUUCCCAGGAAAUGUGGCAAAAAUUCCAGGAUCUGCGGAAGAAGAAUGAUGAAUUGAAGACGAUGAAGGUUCCCAGAAAAAGAAAAAGAAGACAACACAAAAAAGGUGGAACAGAGAGUGGGGAGCCUACAAAGACCAGCAGAGUGUGUCAGGGGGAACAGGAGAAGCACUGGGAUGAGCUUAAGCAGUAUUUUGGUGUAAAUGAUCGAUUUGAUCCCCCUGCAUGUUCCAAACCCCCUCUGAAGUCCGGCCUAGAAAAGAGCAUAGAGAGGGCCAUAGCUGAAGGGGACAUUGCAAAAGCAGAGGAGAUGAGCGACAGACUCGCCACUCGAGAGCUGGCUGUGAAAAUUGCUCAAGCGGCAGAUUGCCGUGACUUUGUGCAACACAAACAGGAAGAGGAAGCUCUGAGGACGGCGCAGAAGAGAAAGGAGGAAAUAAUCUGGGGCUUUGAGGCGAAACAGCGAUGGGAAAGCAAGAGCAACAUGGGCUACAUGUGACGAACAUGGCAUCAGAGAGUUCAUUUAAUAAAAUAGUUGUUUUUUUAAUGGUG